AUGAAAGAUAAAGAGCAGUCAGAGCGUAAAGUGAAAAGCACUGGUCUUCAGCUCCCAUAUCACCCAUAUCAGCUUACAAGUUGGAUUAUUACGUUAACUACGAUUUUCGUUUUCUUUGCCUUGAUAAUUCCAGUCCAAGAAAUGAAUGCGCAAAUUCCCAUGUCAAUCAUAUAUGGAAUUUUGCAAAUUUUUACAAUAAUUUUAGGAUUCAUAUUAACAGUCUCUGAUCCAACUGAUCCAAUGGUCUUAGAGUACUUAGAAGCCCAAAAAGCAAAGUAAUUCUAACUUAGAGAAGAAUUUAGGAAAUCAUAUACAAACUAUUGCUCACUCUGCAGCUCCCCAGUAAGUGCUGAUAGUAAGCAUUGUAUGAGAUGCAAUAGAUGCACAGACAAAUUUGACCACCAUUGCAAAUGAGUAAAUAACUGUGUGGGCCGCAAGAAUUAUUCAAUAUUUUUUCUUUUAAUUUGGAUUGUAGAGAUCACCCAAGCGUGUUUUAUUAUUUGCUGUGCUUAUGAAAUUCAUUUGCUCUCUUCUUUUAAGAAAGAGCAAAAAUACCUUGCCCGCUAUUAAAGGGGGAUUAUUUUUUUUUAAAAAUAUAUACGAAUGUUAAAAAAAGAAAAAUCUAAUUUUAUAUUCUAGAAUGCAAACUAUUUACUAGAAUUAAUCUAUAUCUCAUUAAAACAGUUAUUAAUUAUAUUUCAAUAUAUUUAUACCGAAAAAAUUAUAUUAAAAAUUAUCUUAAAGGGUCUAAUUUUAGAAUAGGUAUUUUUUUAAUGGUUUUCUAGCUUGUAAAUGGGAUAGAAGAGUUAGGAAUUGAUGAUUCUAGUGAUUUUCGGGAUAAAUGCGAAGACGUUUAUGGAAAAAACGCUCAUGUUGUCAUCUUGGUAAUUGUUUGGUCAAUGAUGAUUUUAAGUUUCUUGAUUUUUAUUUCAAAUGCAUAUUUGAUAGGAUUUCAUGUAUAUCUCAUCCGCCAUGGAAUUACAACUUAUGAUUUGAUAUUAAAAAGGAGAGAAAUAUACAUAAAUGGCGCACUACCGAGAAACGUAGGCUUCGAAAGUCUUUGCUUAAGGCAACCGAACAGCGGUCACUGUGAAAGUCAUGAUAAUCAGGGAGUGGGGACUUAAAAGGCAUAGCCUAAUUAGAUUUAGGUUUAAAAGGAGAGAAGCAAAAGGGCUGGUUGAAAAAGAAGAUGAUGAAAUAGAGGUUCAAGAAGGCAAUAAUGCUCCAAAUGAAAAUGAGGUGUCAUCUAUGCAAAUAAUACAAUCCGCAAAGGUUUCUGAUAGUUCAGUGAGUAGUGGUAGUAGAAAUAGCUCCCCUUAUAGAGCCAAAACAGAAGCAUAG